AGACAUGAUGUGCUUCGAUUAACAGGACACAGCUGUUCGAUAACUAUUCUCAUCGCAUGCGUCGUACUCGGGUGAUUCCACCGCUCACGGAGAUGGCAGCUUCUCUCACCGAAGCCGGCGCCAAGUUCGUCGCCCCCGCCUCCCGCUCCUCCGCCGUCGUCCGCCUCCGCCCCUUCGUCGCCAUCCGCGUGCCCCGCAUCCUCCCCCAUGCCACUUCCACCCUCCGACUGCGGCCCGCCGCCUUCCCCCGGUGCUUCGCUUCGGCACCCGCCGCCGUUGCCUCCUCGACCACCAUCUCCGUCGGCGACAAGCUCCCCGACGCCACCCUCUCCUACUUCGGCCCCGACGAGGAGAUCAAGACCGUCACCGUCUCGGAGCUCACCAAGGGCAAGAGAGCCGUGCUCGUCGCCGUCCCGGGGGCCUUCACCCCGACGUGCACCCAGAAGCACCUCCCCGGCUUCGUGGAGAAGGCCGGGGAGCUGCGCGCCAGGGGCGUGGACACCAUCGCUUGCGUCUCCGUCAACGACGUCUUCGUGAUGCGGGCGUGGAAGGAGGACCUCAAGAUCGGGGACGAGGUGCUGCUGCUCUCCGACGGCAACGGGGACUUCACCAGGGCCCUCGGCGUUGAGCUCGACCUGCGGGACAAACCCGCGGGCCUGGGCGUUCGGUCCCGGCGCUACGCGAUGCUGGUGGAGGACGGCGUCGUCAAAGUCCUCAACUUGGAAGAGGGCGGCGCCUUUACCUUCAGCGGCGCGGACGACAUGCUGAAAGCCCUCUAAUCCCAAUCCUUGCUUCUCUCGUCUCCUCCUCUUUCGUCUUCAGGUUGGUGGUCUACUGUUCGUUUCUUCCAUAAUGUUGGAUUCGGAGAAAUCGCAUCUUGCUACGGUUGCAGUUUAUUAUGGUUUCAGAUCAUGAAAUAAUGGGAACCUUAUGAUCAUUAACGCCUUCUUUAUUAUAUUGUUUUAGCUCCUGGCUUUUUGGAGAUCA